AAUACAUUAUGUUUAUAGGUGUACAAAGCAAAAAACACUCGUAUUACUCUUUUCUUUUUCUACAAACAAUGGUUUUCACAUAUUUGAGUAUUUCUUUGUCAAUAUUCAAAUAGGAACGGCUCUGCGCACUAGCACUCAUUUUUAACGAAUUUUCGUAAACUGCUUCUUGAUUGGUCAAUAAGGGGGUAGAGAGCAUUAAAUACUUUCGUGUACCCCGGGAUGCCCUGAUCCUUGAUAACACCCGACACACGCAUUUCUUUUUUUCUUUCUAACAAGCUAUGCCAUUCUUGACAGUUCUGCUGCAGAAUAAAACCUCAAUGAAUAAAGCCUUUGUAAGGUUUUCUUCAACUUUCAAAACCGUCCAUGUAGGAAAACCUUUUACGGCGAGUCAUAGGGUCUACUAUGAAAAGGACGGCCAAAUAAUUUCACCAUGGCACGACGUUCCGCUUUACAGUGAUGAGAAAAAUAAGCACAUUGUCAAUAUGAUUGUCGAAAUUCCAAGAUGGACAAACUCGAAAGUGGAGAUUGCAGUAGAUGAGAAGUUCAAUCCUUUAAAGCAUGAUAUUAAGAAAGGCAAACCAAGAUUUGUUCGUAAUUGCUUUCCUUGCGUAGGAUAUAGCUGGAAUUAUGGUGCUCUUCCACAGACCUGGGAGGAUCCUACUUAUGUGCAUAACGACACCUUUGCGAAAGGUGAUAAUGAUCCCAUUGAUGUGUUGGAUAUUGGUGAAGCGAUCGCUAAACAAGGUGAAGUAAAGCAAGUGAAGGUAUUGGGUAUCAUGGCCUUGCUGGAUGAAGGUGAAACGGAUUGGAAGGUUAUCUCGAUCGACACAAGAGAUCCAUUAGCAGACAAACUAAACAACAUCCAGGACGUGCAAGAGCAUUUCCCUGGUUUAAUAGAUACUACAAGGAAAUUUUUCAGAGUGUACAAGGUGCCAGAUGGAAAGCCAGAAAACGCAUUUGCAUUCAACGGUGAAUGCAAAGAUAAAGACUACGCUCAUUCAGUAAUAGAAGAAACUCAUGAAGCCUGGAAAAGAUUAAUUCAAAACAAAGUACUUUCGACAAAGGACACAAAAGGGAUUGGUCUCGCCAAUAUUUCAGUAAAAAAUUCACCUUAUAAAGAAGAACCUCAGAGAGUGACAGAUACAAUCAAGGAAGAAAAAUUUGAGUUUGAGCAAGAAAAGGAUAAUGAACACUAUGAUUCUAGAUGGUACUUUGUAUAAAUAGAUACCAUGCUCCUAAUAGAUAAUUUGAGAUACUUGAGAAUAAAAGAUUAUAAAAGCGAC